UCACUCCGGCGCCGCUAAGUUUCUUCGCCGGCGAUCGCGCCGCGCCGGGGCCGGGCCAGAGCGGCGCCCCUGCCCUGUCCCCGCAGCGCGGCCCGGCCCCCGGCCCCCGGAGCCAUGCUGUGCGGCCGCUGGAGGAGCCGCCGGCGCCGGGCGCCCCCGCUGCCCGCCCAGAGCUCCGCGUCGGUCGGGUCGGCGCCCCCGGCCGCUCCCCAGGACGGCGGCGCCCGGAGGCCCGGGCUGCGGGCGCUGAAGAAGAUGGGCCUGACGGAGGAUGAGGACGUGCGCGCCAUGCUGCGAGGCUCCCGGCUCUGCAAGAUCCGCUCGCGCACGUGGCAGAAGGAGCGGCUGUACCGGCUGCAGGAGGACGGCCUGACCGUGUGGUUCCAGCGGCGCUUCCCGCACGCGCCGUCGCAGCACAUCUUCUUCGUGCAGCACAUCGAGGCGGUGCGCGAGGGCCACCAGUCGGAGGGCCUGCGCCGCUUCGGGGGCGCCUUCGCGCCGGCGCGCUGCCUCACCAUCGCCUUCAAGGGCCGCAGGAAGAACCUGGACCUGGCGGCGCCCACGGCCGAGGAGGCGCAGCGCUGGGUGCGCGGCCUGGCCAAGCUGCGCGCGCGCCUGGAGGCCAUGAGCCAGCGCGAGCGCCUGGACCACUGGAUCCACUCCUACCUGCACCGGGCGGACUCCAACCAGGACAGCAAGAUGAGCUUCAAGGAGAUCAAGAGCCUGCUCAGAAUGGUCAACGUGGACAUGAACGACAUGUACGCCUACCGCCUCUUCAAGGAGUGUGACCACUCCAACAACGAGCGGCUGGAGGGGACGGAGAUCGAGGAGUUUCUGCGGCGGCUGCUGAAGCGCCCGGAGCUGGAGGAGAUCUUCCAUCGGUACUCGGGCGAGGACCGCGUGCUGAGCGCCCCUGAGCUGCUGGAGUUCCUGGAGGACCAGGGCGAGGCCAGCGCCACGCUGGCCCACGCCCAGCAGCUCAUCCAGACCUAUGAGCUCAACGAGACAGCCAAGCAGCACGAGCUGAUGACCCUGGACGGCUUCAUGAUGUACCUGUUGUCACCAGAGGGGGAUGCCCUGAACCCGGCCCACACGUGCACGUUCCAGGACAUGGACCAGCCCCUCGCCCACUAUUUUAUCUCCUCCUCCCACAACACCUAUCUCACCGACUCCCAGAUCGGGGGGCUCAGCAGCACCGAGGCCUACGUCAGAGCCUUCGCCCAGGGGUGCCGCUGUGUGGAGCUGGACUGCUGGGAGGGGCCCGGCGGCGAGCCCGUCAUCUACCACGGCCACACGCUCACCUCCAAGAUCCUCUUCCGAGACGUGGUCCAGGCGGUGCGGGACCACGCCUUCACGCUGUCCCCAUACCCUGUCAUCCUGUCCCUCGAGAACCACUGUGGGCUGGAACAGCAGGCUGUCAUGGCCUGCCACCUCCGCACCAUCCUGGGGGACAUGCUGGUGACACAGCCCCUGGACUCCCAGAACCCGGAAGAGCUGCCCUCCCCCGAGCAGCUGAAGGGCCGGGUCCUGGUGAAGGGGAAGAAGCUGCCAGCUGCUCGGAAUGAGGAUGGUCGAAUCUUGUCAGACCGGGAGGAGGAUGAGGACGAGGAGGAGGAAGAAGAGAGGGUGGAGGCGGAGCAGAAGCGGCAGGCCAAGCAGAUCGCCCCGGAACUGUCGGCCCUGGCCGUGUACUGCUGUGCCACGCGCCUGCAGACCCUGCGCCCCGCCCCCGCCCCACCCCAGCCCUUCCAGGUCAGCUCCCUCAGCGAGCGCAAGGCCAAGAAGCUCAUUCGAGAGGCAGGGAACAGCUUUGUCAGCCACAACACCCGGCAGCUGACCCGGGUCUACCCCCUGGGGCUGCGGAUGAACUCGGCCAACUACAGCCCGCAGGAGAUGUGGAACGCGGGCUGCCAGCUGGUGGCCCUGAACUUCCAGACGCCGGGCUACGAGAUGGACCUCAAUGCUGGGCGCUUCCUCAUCAACGGGCAGUGCGGCUACAUCCUGAAGCCGGCCUGCCUGCGGCAGCCUCACACAGACUUCGACCCCGAGAGCCCUGGGCCCCCCAGAACUACUCUCACCAUCCAGGUGCUGACAGCACAGCAGCUGCCCAAGCUGAAUGCUGAGAAGCCCAGCUCCAUCGUGGACCCCCUGGUGCGUGUUGAGAUCCACGGGGUGCCCAUGGACUGUGCUCGAAAGGAGACCAACUACGUGCUGAACAACGGCUUCAACCCCCACUGGGGGCAGACCCUGCAGUUCCAGUUGCGGGCUCCAGAGCUGGUGCUGGUCCGGUUUGUGGUAGAAGAUUAUGACACCACGUCCCCCAAUGACUUUGUGGGCCAGUUUACACUGCCUCUCAGCAGCCUGAAGCAAGGGUACCGCCACAUCCACCUGCUUUCCAAGGACGGGGCCUCGCUGUCACCAGCCACCAUCUUCGUCCACAUCCGAGUCCAGCACUCCCGAGGGCCCGACUGAGCCCUGCGGACACACUGCGCGCGGUGGUGAGACCUCUGGAGCGGAGGGCAGUGUGUGCCAUCCAGCCUGGCGCGGAGGCCGCCUCAGUGCCUCCUGGAGAACAGGGGGUCAUCUUUUCCCGGCGCCUGAGCUGGCCGAGGACUGUGGCCGGGCCACCUUCCAUUGUGUUUAUCAAGAGCGGGCCUGCUGCUGCCAGGAGGCCUGGGGAGCAGGACAUGGGCCCUCAGCCUCUCCCGAAAGGAGUCCAGCCACAGCCGCACCCCACCAGGCACUGGCCGCCCCGACUCCCUCCGCGGGGUUUCCCGGCUCUUCUCCAGCUUUUGAGCCUGAGCUCCUUCCCUUGCUGAACAGGGAGAGCCGAGGCUGGAGCCCUGGGGACCGCGAAGUAGGUUUUUAGCUCGUUUCAUAGAAGAGCCCCGAGCGGGCAGUAGAACAAGACUAUUUUA